AUGUCGGAUUUCGAAGACGAGAUGGACAUUGACAAGCCUGUCGCGGACAGUGCUAUCCAAUUCAGUGGUGAAUCCUCCAAGGGAAAGAGGUCUGCUGCAAAUUUACCCGUCGAAGCAGAAGACACAUUGCCAUGGGUAGAAAAAUAUCGACCCAAGUCGCUUGAUGAUGUCGAAGGACAUAAAGACAUAAUAACUACAGUCAACAAGUUCGUUGACUCAAAUCGCCUACCUCAUCUUCUCCUAUACGGGCCGCCGGGCACUGGAAAAACUUCGACCGUUCUCGCUCUCGCUCGCCGCAUAUAUGGAGUCAAAAACAUGCGUCAGAUGGUUCUGGAACUCAAUGCAUCCGACGACAGAGGUAUCGACGUUGUCCGAGAACAGAUCAAGACCUUCAGUAGCACAAAGCAGAUCUUCUCUGCUGCACCAAAGCCCGGCGAGGCUUCGUCUCUCGCCACAUUCAAGUUGAUCAUUCUCGACGAAGCCGACGCUAUGACUGCCACUGCACAAAUGGCUUUGCGAAGGAUUAUGGAGAAAUAUACAGCAAAUACCCGAUUCUGCAUCAUCGCCAAUUAUACGCACAAACUUUCUCCUGCGUUGCUUUCACGAUGCACACGGUUCCGAUUUUCUCCUCUCAAGGAUGUUGACAUCCGGAAUCUGGUCGACAAGGUCAUACAAGAGGAGAAUAUCAAUAUCACUUCUGAUGCGGCAGAGUCACUGGUGACACUGAGCAAAGGUGAUAUGCGUCGUGCCUUGAACGUACUACAGGCCUGCCAUGCAUCAAGUACCCCGUUGCAACCUCCGGGAAUGCCUGCCGCAGAUCCAAGCACCAUAGUAAGGGACCAGAUCACACAAACGACCAUUUACGACUGUAUCGCCGCACCACACCCAGCAGAUAUUCAAUUGAUCCUGAACACACUACUGAGCACGAGCGAUGUCACACACUGUCUCCGAACGAUCAACAACAUUAAAAGCUUGAAGGGUCUGGCACUCGCUGAUAUUUUGACCGCAUUGAGCGAGGAGCUCGUGAAAAACGACGUACCGAAGCAAACGAUCAUAACGUGGAUGACGGGCCUGGCAGACAUCGAAUAUCGACUUAGUGGUGGUGGUAGCGAAGCUAUCCAAACGGGAGCCACGAUCGGCGUAGUGAGAACCGGCGUGGAAUUGAUGACGAAAGAGGAUAAAUAG